AUGGACCAGGCCCUCUUCCCCGGGGAGGGCUGCUGGCACGUGGAGAACCAGAUCCCCGAGCCCCAAACCCCGUGUCAGAUGGCGCCAGGGCACAAGGAGAACCUGGAGUCCCCACUGGGCCCUCGGCAGACGUCCCUCCAGGUAAGCCUGAGAGAGCAGGGAGAGCAUGUCUGCGGAGGCAGCCUCGUCAGCCACCGGUGGGUGCUGACCGCCGCCCACUUCUUCUCCAACUCCGUGAAUCUGCAGGACCUGACCAUCCAGCUCGGAGAGUCUGUCCUGUACACCAAUCCCCAAGACUCCGUCUCCACAGCCGUCAUCAGCAUCGUCCGGCACCCCUCCUUCAACGGGAACGUGCUGCAGGGCAGCGACGUGGCCCUGGUGAAGCUGGCAUGCCCCGUGCCCUUCUCCUGCACCAUCAGAUCGGCCCCUCUGGCCUCGCCAGGCUCCUACUUCCUGCUGGGCACCCUCUGCUGGGUGACUGGCUUGGGGGACCUCAGGCAGAAUGUGGCUCUGCUGGAGCCCCCACCGGCUGCAGGAGGUGGAUGUGCACAUCAUCAGCCUGCAGGGUGCCGCAGGUUCUACCGCCCAGAGCCCAUCGCCAAGGAGAUGCUGUGUGCUGGCUAUUUCCAGGGCCAGAAGGGCUUCUGCGAAGGUGACUCCGGAGGCCCCCUGGUCUGCCAGCUCCAGGACAAGCGCUGGGUGCAGGUGGCAGUGGUGAGCUCCAUCAGGGGCUGCGCUGAGCCCAGCCUCCCGGGGGUGUAUGCCAGGGUCUCUGCCUACCAGCCCUGGAUCCAGCGCCAAGUGUUCCUGCCAGGGCACCUGCACAGGGGCUGA